AUGUUGUCAUUACGAACUAAGUUAAAAGGAGCGGUCACAGACCAGCUUAGAAAGGGUAUUGUUAGGAAGGCAAGCUCAAGUGCAUCGCUCGGUCGCAUUUUAAGCAAGUACCCAGUCGGACUUCAAACGCAUGGAUUUUCCAUCGAAGAGGUACAGCCAAUAGCCGAAUUUUCCAUUGUAGCAGUGAAGUUAAAACAUGCAAAGACAGGAUCCGAGCAUUUACAUUUACAUUCUGAAACUGAUAGGAACAACGUUUUUCUGAUCGGCUUCAAAACUAAUGCCCCCAAUGCAACUGGUGUUCCGCACAUUUUGGAGCACACAACUUUAUGUGGUUCCUACAAAUACCCCAUAAGAGAUCCCUUUUUUAAAAUGCUUAACAGAUCGUUGGCCAACUUCAUGAAUGCUAUGACUGGCCAUGAUUAUACGUUUUAUCCUUUUGCAACUACCAACCUGAAAGACUUUCAGAAUUUGAUGGAUGUCUACUUAUCCUCAGUCUUGGAGCCCAAGUUAACCUAUGAAGACUUCCUGCAAGAAGGGUGGAGAUUAGAACCUGAGAACUUAGAUGUGAAGGAUUCACCAUUAGCCUUUAAGGGAGUUGUGUAUAAUGAAAUGAAAGGUCAGUACUCCAAUUCUGCCUACUACUAUUACAUUAAAUUCCAAGAAGCCAUAUACGCAUCGUUGGGGAAUUCCGGAGGAGAUCCAAAGGACAUUGUCAAAUUAGACUACGAAGAUUUGAUUGAUUUCCAUUCUUCAAACUACCAUCCUUCUAAUGCAAAGACCUUUACUUACGGAUCAAUGCCAUUGAAUGAUCAUUUACAAAAGAUAAAUGAGUGGUAUGGUACUUUUGGGAAAAGAGGUAUUAAUAAAAAGGUUAAGCAACCUAUUUUCCAAAAGAGUAAUAAAGAUGAUAUUUCAAUCACUUGUGAUGGACCCUUUGAUUCGAUGAAUGGUAAACCAAUUGAUGAACAGUACAAAGCAUCUAUUACUUGGGACUUAGGCAACCCUCUUGACGAGCUGCAACAAUACAAUAUUUUUAAGUGGAAGAUCUUAAAUUCUUUAUUGUUUGAUGGCCAUAACGCCCCUUUCUAUCAAGAAUUAAUCGAGAAAAGUUAUGGGGAUGAUUUCACUUCAAAUGCUGGAUUGGAUAACACAACUGCACUUCUUUCAAUCACCAUUGGUUUAGAAAAUUUAACUCUUUCUAAGGUAGAUGGAUUAGAAGAUAAAAUCCGUGACAUUUUCAACAAUAAAGUUGUACCAGAAUUAAAAGGCGAGGGUCAAGGUAUCUUCCAUGAAAGAAUUUUGGCUGUUUUACACCAAAUUGAACUUAAUUUUAAAAAGCAUAAGGCCAACUUUGGAUUAGGACUUUUGAACUCAAUAAUGCCAACUUGGACAAAUAACCUUAGCCCGAUACAUACAUUACAAGUACAACACAUCAUAAACCAAUUUAAAGAGGAUUAUGAGAAAGAUGGAUUGAAAAUAUUCUUAGACUUGAUUGAAAAUUCAAUAUUACUGCCAACUACAAAGAAAUUCAAAUUUACAAUGAUUCCAAACGCCAAUUUUGAAAAGGAAUUAGACCAACUGGAGCAAUCUAACUUGAAACAAAAGACUGAAAACUUGACUGAGGAAGACAAAGAAAUUAUAUAUAGAAGAAGUUUGGAAUUAUCUGAAAAGCAACAGAUUGAACAAGAUGCAUCAGUAUUGCCCACAUUAACAUUAGCAGAUAUCCCGAGAAAGGGAGAUUUCCAUGAAUUACAAUUCACAACGUAUAAGACGGCUAGUAUUCAGAAGAGAGUAGUUGACGCAAAUGGCUUAAGCUACAUGUCAGCAAAGAAAGAUAUUUCGUAUUUAGCAUCCAAGUACAUACAAUAUUUACCUCUCUUUACGUCUUGUUUAACUAAUUUAGCUGGAACCAACACUUACCCAAUUACUGAAUUGGAAACCAAGAUCCAACAGCUUACUGGUGGAGUAUCCUUCAGCACACAAGUUGUCACUGAUCCUUCAGAUCUUUUCAGUAACAAGAUUAAACUAAAUUUUGUGAUGGAUGGUAUGUCCUUGACUAGCAAUCUGCAACAUGUUUAUGAGUUAUGGUAUGAUAUCUUAUAUAAUACCAAAUUUGAACCUAACGAUGAUUUGGUGUUAGAGAAGCUUUCAACAUUGAUUAAAAACUUAGGCUUAAACCAAUUAAAUACAAUUGCUGAUCGGGGUAACGUUUAUGCAAGUUCCUACUCUAAUUCAUUGUUGACACCAACUAAAUAUAUUACUGAUUUGAAAUCUGGACUUGGGCAGAUUCAAUUUAUAAAGGAAUUGAAUGAGAAGUUAGCAUUAAAUGGUAACGACUUCUUAGUUUCUGAAGUAAUUCCAAUGUUAAAAGAAAUUCAGAAUCUUUUGAUAGGCAGUGCAGUAGAAUCUGGAUUUGAUUAUAGUAUCCUUGGUGAUAGUAGUAGUGUUGAUGAGAAUGCGAAAUUGAUAGAACAACUUGAAGGAAAAUUUGCCCACACUAAACUCGAUAUAUUACCUAGCCAAUUGCCUGCAAUUGUAUCAUCAUUUGAUAAUAAUGCAAAUGGCGGAGUCAAUACUUUCAUCAAUUUACCAUAUCAAAUCGGAUUUGCUUCGAUGGCAAAAGUAGGUAGUCCAUACUUAACGAAAGACGGUGCAACCUUGCAAGUUUUGUCUCAAUUAGUUUCUAAUAAGCAUUUGCACUCGAUUAUUAGAGAAGCCAAUGGUGCCUAUGGAGGAGGAUUGAACUAUGAUGGAUUAGGCGGUGUUCUCAAUUUCUAUUCUUAUAGAGAUCCAAAUCCAUUAAAAUCAAUUCAGUCCUUCAAAGAUGUGUCGAAGGUGGUUUUAACAAAGAUUGAUAAGAACUGGGAUCUGAACGAUUUGCAAGAGGCUAAGUUAGCAAUAUUUCAAAGUGUUGAUGCUCCCAGCAACAUUGCUCUGCAAGGGUCCUCCGACUUUUUGAGAGGGAUUACGGAUGAAAUGAAACAAAAGCGUAGGGAGUGGUUCCUAGACGUUACCAAGGAUGAUUUGAAAGAUGCUGCGUCAAAAUACUUGGUGACUGGAAAUGAGAAAGAAACUGUUACCGUUAUCAACAAAUUGGAAGGUUCCAAUUUAGAAGGUAAAUGGGAUAUGAAAGACUUGUAA